AUGGAUCCAGUUCCGUGGUUUGAUAAUUUCCUAUGGAACCAUGAUUUACCUAUGAUCAUGGGCUGUGAAUGGAGCAAGGCAACUGAAGGUGUAAUAUUUCUAAGAAUGGCGCCAGGAAUCCGUAAAACUCAAAUUAUUUCAAAAGCUGCUCUAGAAAGCAUGCUUAACCAAGCUACCAAGGAUAGCUCAACUACUGCGUCAGCUCGUAUUGGAGUCAGAGAACAUUUUAACCAAUCAAAUGUGUCAUCUGCUGGAGUGACUGGAGCAUGUGGAACUACUGAAGUUAAUCAUGGUUCUUCCGGAGAAGGUGAUAAUACUACAACAAAUCACACUAAUGAGAGUGGCAUUCCACAAACCCUUGAAACUCCCAACCCAAAUCAGAAUUUGAAUGCAGCUGAAGGCUCAACUGGUAACCUUCAGGAUACAUCAGUCACAGGUUCAUAUCCUGGGACGAACUCUGUUCAGAAGGAUGCACAAGUGGUUCAUAUAUAA